GUGGAGAUGAGCGAGGGCCCUUCACAACGCACGCGUCGCCCGCCACUUUCCUUCUGGCUCUUCGUCAGUCCACACAGCCAGAGCAGGAGAUCUCCGAUACAUUCCUACGGUGCUCGUGGACGCCUCUCAGAUGCAGCAGAUGCCUACCACAGAUGUUGCUCGACCGAUAGCUCCCAACGCAUCCCAUUCGUUCUAUCGAGCUCACAAUCAAUACAUCUUCACGCUCCAACUAGAAUUUCUCUCGUCGCUCGCUUCGCCUUCAUACCUGACACAUCUAUCCCGUACGCCGUGUCCGUCGACUAACGACCUGCUCCCUCUCACGUCCAGCCCGGUUUUUCUUCGGUACGUCGCUCACCUUCUCGCUGUAUGGCGCGACGACGAGCGCCUGGCCAAGUUUGUGAGGCAUCCGCACUGCUUCUUAUUUGCCGAGGCACUCGUAAAGAGCAAGUUCUUUCGUGACGUCGUUGUCAGGGACGAAGGAUGGGAGGCCAAAGCCAGCAUGGAAAUGGUCAAGGCCUGGGCUAAGGGCACUGAGCCUGCCUCGAGGGAGGAAGAAAGCAACGAAGCACAGCGGGAGACCUGAGGGAGACAAUGUGAACGGAUCUCCGACGCCAAGAAAACUGCUCCAAG